ACAGCAGUGGAGUAAUGAUGGCGUCCUCAGCGGCUCGGUGCUCCACACGCUGGAUAACAGUUGCUGUGUUCUCCGGUCACCGUCGUGCUUGCUGUGCUCUGGUCCCUUCUUCUAAUGGAGGUGCCAGAAGUCUGUCGACUUUAGGAGCACAGAAGAUGUGGCCGGGAGACAAUGCAAUGCGCGGGGGCACGGGGAAUGCGUUGACAUUGAGAGGGCUGUCAGUUCCAGGUGUCAAAUCUCCCCAUGUCAUCUGCACACUGUCCUUCCACACAAGUGCCCCGGCCUCCAACAAACAGGACUUCUACACGGUGCUGGGGGUACCACGCACUGCCACCCAAAAAGAGAUCAAGAAAGCAUAUUACCAGAUGGCCAAGAAGUAUCACCCUGACACCAACAAGGAAGACCCUAAGGCCAAGGAGAAAUUUGCUCAGCUGGCUGAAGCUUAUGAGGUGCUGAGUGACGAGGUGAAGAGGAAGCAGUACGACACGUACGGGGCGGCAGGGUUCGACGCCAGCCAGGCGGGUGGUGGUGGACACCAGCAGUACUGGAGCGGACAGACCAGCAGCGUGGACCCAGAGGAACUGUUCCGCAAGAUCUUUGGGGAGUUCUCCGGAAGCCGUGGCUUCGGUGACUUCAACGCCAUAUUUGAUCAGCCCCAGGAGUUUAUCAUGGAGCUGACAUUCACCCAAGCUGCCAAGGGGGUCAACAAAGAGAUGGCGUUCAACACUGAGGCCAGCUGCCAGCGCUGUGAAGGCAAAGGGAGCGAGCCGGGCACCAAGGUUGUGCACUGCCACUACUGCAACGGCUCUGGCAUGGAGACGGUGAACACGGGCCCCUUUGUGAUGCGGUCGACAUGCCGUCGCUGUAGUGGGAAAGGCACUGUGAUCUCCACCCCUUGUAACUCCUGUCACGGGACAGGACAGACCAGACAGAAAAAGACAGUUACGGUGCCUGUGCCAGCAGGUGUUGAGGACGGUCAGACGGUCAGGAUGCCUGUGGGGAAGAAGGAGGUGUUCAUCACGUUCCGGGUCCAGAAGAGCCCAGUGUUCAGACGGGACGGAGCAGACAUCCACUCUGAUGUGAUGGUCUCUGUGGCCCAGGCUGUACUGGGGGGCACGGCCCGGGCACAGGGCCUCUACGAGACAGUCAACCUCUCGAUCCCUGCUGGGAUCCAGACCGACCAGAGGAUCCUCCUCUCUGGGAAGGGCAUCGCACGGAUCAGUGGCUAUGGUUACGGAGAUCACUACGUCCACGUCAAAGUCCGAGUCCCCAAGACCCUGACAGACAGACAGAAAGCUCUGCUCAUGAGCUACGCAGAGGACGAGACUGAAGUGGAGGGGACUGUCAAUGGUGUCACCAGCACCACUGCAGAAAGGUAAAAGGUCCACUGGGAACUGAGAGGAGAUAUUGGAGAGGCGAGUGGCCAAUGUAGAGAGAGGAUGCCCUAAGAAGACCGCUACAUGGCCAUAAGGAGAGACCAGAUAUGGGGGAGUGUUGGAGGGAUGAUGUCUACUGUAUCCUACUCUGGCACUGGACUAGACUGGUUACCCCAGAUCUACUUUCACAGAUCUACCUUCACAGAUCUACCUUCGUCCUUGAUCAGUUCCCUAGCAGUGGAAGACAAUGGAAUGAAACAGACUCAAACAGAAUGUGGUCCUAACUCACUCCUGCUGCCUACGCUAUGAAAGUUACCAGGAAGUGAUUGCCCCUUAGCCUUGUAGUUUUUUGUGCAAAAAUGUUGCGCAAUGGUCUUCAAGCACAAAUAUUUCAUAAAAGGCAUUUGUUAGAAGUAAAUUAAUCCACAAACGCAAAUAUAAUUAUACAUGUAUCUUAAAUGACCGCCUGUUAACAAAUGUGCCGAUAUAAUCAUGAAGCCCAUUCAAAAGAUUAGGGGACAUGAUCCGGAAGUAAAGCGAAAGGGGCGGCUACUUUCACAGGGUAUUCCAUAGAUUUUUGUCCAUCAGAUUCCUAACCGUGUGAUAGCAGCAGCAGUCACUCAUAAAGUAUGGUCUUUCUGCUGUCUUCUCUGAGGAAUGCACUGUUGCCAGUGAUUGCCAAAAAAACAUGGAUAUACAAAACAUUAGGAACACCUGCCUAAUAUUGAAUUGCACCCACUUUUGCCCUCAGAACAUC